AGAAGCCCCAGUGGACCGGCGCAGCUGGCCACCAUUUCAAGGCUCGGCAGGGGUGGGAGAGGGCCCGGAUCCCACUUCCCGGCAGGCAGUGCGGCCGAGGGCGGAACUCCAUUUCCCAGCAGGCUCCAGGCGGCGGGCGCCGCGGUGCCUUGUGUGGGAUGUAAGCGCGGAGGCCGAGGCCUGCCGCCAUGGGGCUGAAGGCCGCCCAGAAGACGCUGUUCCCGCUACGCUCGAUCGACGACGUGGUGCGCCUGUUCGCAGCCGAGCUGGGCCGAGAGGAGCCGGACCUGGUGCUCCUCUCCUUGGUCCUGGGCUUCGUGGAACAUUUCCUAGCUGUCAACCGCGUCAUCCCCACCAACGUGCCCGAGCUCACCUUCCAGCCCAGUCCCGCGCCCGACCCUCCCGGCGGCCUCACCUACUUCCCAGUUGCUGACCUGUCCAUCAUCGCUGCGCUCUAUGCUCGCUUCACCGCCCAGAUCCGAGGUGCAGUCGACCUGUCUCUGUACCCCCGAGAGGGGGGCGUCUCCAGCCGAGAGCUGGUGAAAAAGGUCUCCGAUGUCAUCUGGAACAGCCUUAGCCGCUCCUACUUCAAGGAUCGGGCCCAUAUCCAAUCCCUCUUCAGCUUCAUCACAGGCACCAAACUGGACAGCUCCGGUGUGGCCUUUGCUGUGGUGGGGGCCUGCCAGGCCCUGGGUCUCCGGGAUGUCCACCUGGCCCUGUCUGAGGACCACGCCUGGGUUGUGUUUGGGCCCAAUGGAGAGCAGACAGCUGAGGUCACCUGGCAUGGCAAGGGCAAUGAGGACCGGAGGGGCCAGACAGUCAACGCGGGUGUGGCUGAGCGGAGCUGGCUGUACCUGAAAGGAUCAUACAUGCGCUGUGACCGCAAGAUGGAGGUGGCAUUCAUGGUGUGCGCCAUCAACCCUUCCAUUGACCUGCACACGGACUCCCUGGAGCUGCUGCAGCUGCAACAGAAACUGCUCUGGCUGCUCUAUGACCUGGGACAUCUGGAGAGGUACCCCAUGGCGCUGGGGAACCUGGCAGAUCUGGAGGAGCUGGAGCCCACCCCUGGCCGGCCAGACCCACUCACCCUUUACCACAAGGGCAUUGCCUCAGCCAAGACUUACUACCGGGAUGAGCACAUCUACCCCUACAUGUACCUGGCUGGCUACCACUGUCGCAACCGCAACGUUCGAGAAGCCCUGCAGGCCUGGGCCGACACGGCCACUGUCAUCCAGGACUACAACUACUGCCGGGAAGACGAGGAAAUCUACAAGGAGUUCUUUGAAGUAGCCAAUGACGUCAUCCCCAACCUGCUGAAGGAGGCGGCUAGCCUGCUGGAGGCUGGCGAGGAGCGGCCAGGGGAGCAGACCCAGGGCACCCAGAGCCAGGGGUCUGCCCUCCAGGACCCAGAGUGCUUCGCGCAUCUGCUUCGGUUCUACGAUGGCAUCUGCAAAUGGGAGGAAGGCAGCCCCACGCCGGUGCUGCACGUGGGCUGGGCCACCUUCCUGGUGCAGUCCCUAGGGCGCUUCGAAGGACAGGUGCGGCAGAAGGUGCGGAUAGUGAGCCGGGAGUCCGAGGCAGCUGAGGCCGAGGAGCCCUGGGGCGAGGAAGCCCGGGAAGGCCGGCGGCGAGGCCCGCGGCGGGAGUCCAAGCCCGAGGAGCCCCCGCCGCCCAAGAAGCCGGCGCUGGACAAGGGCCCGGGCCCGGGCGCGGGGCAGGGCUUGGCACCAGGACCCCCCCGGAAGCCCCCAGGAGCGGUCCUGAACAGUGCCCGCGGCCCUGAAGGCGGCAGCACGGCUCCCGCGCCUGCGCCGGCCGCGUCGCCGCCACCAGAGGGUCCGGUGCUCACUUUCCAGAGCGAGAAGAUGAAGGGCAUGAAGGAGCUGCUGGUGGCCACCAAGAUCAACUCGAGCGCCAUCAAGCUGCAGCUCACCGCGCAGUCGCAAGUGCAGAUGAAGAAGCAGAAGGUGUCCACGCCCAGCGACUACACGCUCUCCUUCCUUAAGCGGCAGCGCAAGGGCCUCUGAGCGGCGCCCCGGACCCCCCGCCAGCCCGCGGGAGCCUGGCCUCGGUCCCCGCCGAGGCUCCGCCCAGCUCCCUCCGCCCCAGCCAAUGGGGCCCAGGCCCGGCCUCCGGGCCCCACCCCUACCCGGAACCGAGGCUCGGUCCGGACCCGGAGUCAGACUCUACCCCGCGCUCGGCCUUGGAACGUAGAACCCGUGCCCAGCCUCCCAGCUGGCGAUGGAAGCUUCGCCGGGGCCCCAUAAAGGCCCAGCCCCGGGGACUCGGGCCCCAAUCGGACCGAGGUUCCAGCCGCAGCCUGACCGGUGCCGCUCUGGUCUCAGCCCUGGGGCUGAGGUUUCACCCGCCUCCAGCCCGGGACCUAUGACCCGGCUCGGAGAGCAUUUCCGCACCUCAGAAUCAUGUCCCCUGGGAACCCAAGCCCCCCAACCCAAAGAAUUAAAAAGGGGCGCUUCCAGAAGUGGAAAUCCCAGCUUCCUCCCCUCCCUAUCCCCCGAGUCCGGGUACGAAACUCCUCCAGCCUGUGUGAACCCUGAGCUCCGCCCCCUCCCUGACCAACUGGCUCCAGAUCAGAGCAGACAGACCUCUCCCGACCCCCUGGGCUCCCUCCCCGGGUCCCGCCGUCUCGGGGGGCUUGCCAGUGGGCGAGGGGAGCCUGAUCUCCGUUUUGUACAUAGAUUUAUUUUUCAGUUCCAAGGAAGAUGAAUACAUUUUGUUAAA